AUGGAGGAAGGUGUUUAUCUCCCUGAUCAUCUAAUCCAUAAAAUUCUCAAGGACCUUCCUGCCAAAAGUGUAUUGCGGUUCAGGUGUGUGUCCAAGCUUUGGAAGUCCACCGUCGAUGAUCCACGUUUCAUUCACGCCUACAGGAAACACUGGGUUUCUCGUCUGGGUGGCCCAAAACAGCUCGUCUCAACUUAUCUCGAUGAUGGCCGUUGCACCUAUUCCUACUUAGAUGAAACCACGGCCCCCAAUAGGUUAACUCACAUUCAAACCCUGCCAACCAGGAUGAGGCCUGAGGAUAGAAAGUUCGGGCCCCAUAUGGUUAACGACCUCAUUUGUGUCGGCAACAUCAUAUGGAACCCGACCACCAGAGAUGUCUUGACUCUUCGCCAAGAAGUACCACAUGCUAAGAACUACCUAGGUUUCGAUUCUUAUACCAAUCAAUUCAAAGUUCUCUCCAUCUAUAAGAUAUGUGUUCCUCCCCGACGUGUAGAACCGCGCUGCAAGAUCAUGACAUUGGGCGUCGACCAUUUCUUUAGAGACGUAACCGGCCCUCUUCCCGAUGCAUUCAAGGCUUCAACUAAUACGUGUUGUGUGGAUGGUGUCAUCUACAUAAACGGGGAUUGGAAUCGAUCGGUUCUAGCUUUUGACGUUGCAAAGGAGAGUUUCUUUUUUGUUACUCUCCAUCCGGAGGCCUCUCCUUCCUACACAAUCGUGCCAUCCCCCCGCCGAUCUUUAGACGACGAAUGCGUCGUCGUGUUGAGGGAUAAGUUAAUGAAUAAAACAUUUUCAUUUGAUGGAAAGGAGAAUCGGGUCCCGAUCAAAAUCAAUUGGGUUGGACCAAGUUCUUUGAUGGAUUUUAUUGGUCCAUUAUUGGAAGACCACGAAAGGUGCAAGAAGGGUGAUCAUACUUAUAAAGACGUAUUGAAAUUUGAUGGGCGAAGCAAUGAAUGGGUUACGAGGAGAUUCGAGCUACCAAUGGAUGCAUACUUUGGUUUGUUUUCAGAAGAAGAAAUGGUUAUCCUAGGCAAUGCCAUGGCACUAAGAUUGAAGCCCCCGCACGGACGUUUCUCACCUUUGUUUUGGAAUGGACGGUGGAGUGACAAUGUUGUCCAUUCGAUUUUUUCGACUUCUCGGUUUUAUUUCAUGGAUCAUAUGGAAUACUUGUUCAGGAUAAAUGAUAGUUUUCAAGCAUAA